AGAUCUUUAGCUCCCAUGACUCGAGACGAGCCGCACCCCACAUCCACAAGCCUAGAACAUCAUUUUCAACGUCCAUCCCAGCCAAGUAUGUGCUGGCGUUCCGCUCAGCUCUGCUCUGUCACAUGUCGCACAUCCAAAACGCUCGUUUGGGCACAAAUAGCCGUUAUGGCCCCCAAACAAGUUCCCAUUAUGACACGCUCCGGGACUUCCCCCCACUUAGACAUGUAGCGUAUGCCGCUGGAAGCGGCUGCAUGGCAUAGCGGCUUUCUACCUUGCAAGAGAAGAGAACUAAGGUAAAAGCAAUGUCUUCUCAUGCGAGGGUAUUGUUCUUUUCCUCACAUUGUUGUACAAAAUGAAUCCAACGGGCACGGAGACGCUAUCAACAACAUGGCUGCCAUCAACGCGUCAGAUCCUGGGUCUUGCUGUCCUCUGGCUAGUGUUUAAAGUGCUAGAAGCCAUCUACAACAUCUCGCCCCUCCACCCGCUGAGUUCAAUCCCGGGACCAAGAUUAGCAGCAGCGACAUACUGGCCUGAAUUCUACCACGAUGUCAUCAAGUUUGGCUGUUACACCAAGGAGAUCAGUGAAAUGCAUAGGGUUUAUGGACCCAUCGUGCGAAUCAGUCCCAACGAAGUCCACUGCGACGAUAUCCGCUUCGCAGACGAGAUAUAUGCAACUGGUAGCCGAAAACGCGACAAGCCAAAGCACCAGGUCAACGGUUCUUCUAUCACGUUAUCCGGGUUCAGCACUACCGAGCACGAUCUCCAUCGACUUCGGCGCGUACCCCUGGCGAAAUUCUUCUCUCGUGCCAUGAUAACACGGCUUGAACCUGAAAUCCACAGCCUGGUCCAACAGCUCUGUGACAAACUGCUGCGGCAAUCCGGCGAUAACGAAGCGUUCGAUAUCGCCAUGGCAUACAGCUGCUUCACUUCCGACGCCAUCUCCAGUUACAGCUUCGGCGAAAGCUUUGGAUUUCUCGACCAGGAAGGGUGGUACCCGAACUUUCGGGAGCCAACAGCCGCAGUCCUCAGACCCGUUUUUGUAUUCCGUUUCUUUCCUUGGACGUCGGCUAGUGCUUCGCUCGCGACGACUUUUAUCGACUAUUUACCCAAGGAUAUCGCUUUGAUGGUUAAGACUUUACAGGUUGAUUUGCCCAACAGAGUGCUCAAGGCGAAGGCGGAUGUAGACGCGGGCAUAACGUACGACCGACCAACGAUCUUUGCUUCACUAUUACAGUCUGACCUUGGUGCUGGGGAUAAGGGCGUGGUGCGCCUAGUCCAUGAGGCACAGGCUGUACUGGGUGCUGGCACUGAGACGACGAGUUGGGCGUUGGCCGUGAUGACGUACCAUCUAUUGACCAAACCUGAAAUUCUUGCUAAGCUUACUCGAGAACUUCAAACUGUCGUAGAAGACCCGCAACACCUACCUGGAUGGACCGUCCUGGAAACACUGCCUUACCUCGGAGCUGUCAUUCAGGAAGGACUGAGACUGUCCUAUGGCGUCUCUAGCCGUACUGCUCGUAUUCCCACGGAGGAGACUCUGCUUUAUCGUGGCGAAUGGAAUAAGAAGCCUGUCGAACACGUUCUUCCCAAAGGCUAUGCGAUUGGCAUGUCAUCGUACAUUACACACCACGAUGAACGCGCUUUUCCCGAUUCUUAUACAUUUGCGCCUGAGCGGUGGUUGGAUGAGAACAAUCAGAGGAGAAAAGAACCUGAGCGCAGUAUACUUUCCUGGUCAAAAGGAAGUCGGUCUUGCUUGGGGAAGAAUCUGGCCUUAUGUGAGCUGAACCUGUGUCUCGCCGCUUUGGUGCUGCGUGUGAUACCGAAGAUGCGAUUGUUCGAUACGACAAAAGAGGAUGUGGCAUAUGAUCAUGACAUGUUUGUGCCGAUGACAAAGGAUAAUAGAGGUGUAAGGGUUACAAUCGAAUAGUGUAGUAAAUAGUCACCCUAUGAUCUAAAUGUGUUAAAACACUCAAUGCAUGC